AUGCCUUCAAAACUACGACCAGAUGGUGAUUCAUUCAUUAAAUGGCUUAAGCAAAUAAACAAAAGUCGAUUUGAACAUGGCGAUAACUGGGCGUUACUGUUUGCACAGCGAAUUGCCUUGAAGUUUUCGGUGCCGCUGCACGUGUGCUUUAAUGUCGCAUCAUCAGUGGCCCUUCGAACACGGCGACACUUGAACUUUCUUUUGGAGGGUCUUGCGGAGGACUGUAAGGAUCUGGCCAUCAGUUUCCACCUCCUCCUUCCACUCGAGGCCAAGUCGAAAACUUCUCUCAAACGUAAUGCAGAUGGCAGUUUUGCGUGCAAUGAAACUGACCAUGCUACUUUGCAGCCGCUUGUUGAUUUCCUGAAGCAGCGAAACGCGUGUGCUGUCAUCACCGACUUUUCUCCACUGCGAGACGACAGGCAGGCGGUGGAAUUCGUGUCGAAACGCCUUCCCGUGGACGCGCACAACGUGGUGCCGGCGUGGUUCGCGUCGGACAAAGUCGAGUAUGCCGCGAGGACAAUUCGGAAGAAGCUGCACGACAAGGCGCGCCACCUGCUGACCGAAUUCCCGCCGGUAAUUCGGCAUCCAGUAACUGCGAAAUCGGUACGCGAGCGGUUGCUUCUGCAGUGGGCGGAGCCAGUUGAUUGGGUGUCGGUGAAGGAGUCACUGAAAGAACUCGUGGACGAGCGUGUUGGAGAGGUGAACUGGGCCAAGGGUGGUUCUCUCGCAGGCUUCUCCCAACUCUACUCAUUCCUACACCAUCGACUGCAUGCCUACGCAACGGGGCGCAACGAUCCGACGAAGGACGCGCUAAGCAAUCUUUCUCCCUGGUUGCAUUUCGGUCACAUCUCAGCCCAACGCUGUCUGUGGGAGGCAAAGCGUCUGCGCACUUCUCAUCCGCAGUCAGUGGACGCCUUCAUUGAGGAGGCGUUCGUUCGACGUGAACUCUCCGACAACUUCUGCCUCUACAACCCCCACUACGACUCCAUCCAAGGUGCCUGGUCGUGGGCUCGUGAGACCCUGAAGAAGCACGCAGGCGACGCGCGGACGCCAACGUACAGUUCGAAGGCGAUGGAGAAGGCAGAAACUGGUGACGAGUUGUGGAAUGCGGCGCAGCGCCAGCUGGUGCAGGAGGGCAAGUUGCACGGCUUCCUACGAAUGUACUGGGCCAAGAAGAUCCUGGAAUGGCACGACGGUGGACCUGAGGAGGCACUGCAGCUUGGUUUUCGGCUGAAUGAUCUCUACUCUCUCGAUGGAACCGACCCGAACGGAUACGUCGGGGUCAUGUGGUCGAUCUGCGGUGUCCACGACCAGGGCUGGGUGGAACGUCCGAUCUUCGGCAAGAUCCGCUACAUGAACUUCGCCGGCUGCAAGCGGAAGUUCGACGUGGCAGCUUUCAUCAGACGCUACCCUCCAAAAAGGGAGCCGUCAUCUUGCAAAUAA